UCUUUACUUAUAGGAUCCUUCCCCAAGAAGUGAUACCCUGGCAUAGUUCUACCAUUUGUCAGCCAAAAGUCUGGUUACACAUUUGCUCGUCAAUCUAAAUCUAACCUAUUCUCAUACAAGCACUUGGUGCUUCAUGUAAAUCAACCAGACGUUCUGUCAUUCACCAGUAUCUCUCCAGAGUCUUCUAAAUCCAAGUGCUUUUUAUCCAAUGUUUCAUUUUAUUUGUGGAAGGGAAAUUUAAAUGAAUACAUUUUUUUCUUUCCCCUGGAUUGUUAAUACCAGAACACUGUAAAUCUGUUUAUUACCACAACAAGGAUAAAUGAUACGUCUGCCAAAGAUUUUUGAUAACGGGUGCAGUAAUGCAUUUCAGCACUUUCUGAAAUUAAAGGUCUGCCCUGAAAGAGAUAUUUUUUCUACCUUUAAACUCAAAAAAAAGAUCUGGCUAGAAGCAAUGGAAUCCUUAAGUCUCAGGACCCAGAGAGACUGCUAGAAUUUACACCCAAAUUUCCACCUGAAUGAAUCUCUCCACCUUCUUAGUGCUUGUACACCUGCCUUCCUUAUAAGGCGAACAAGGAAGUAAAUCAUGUUGAAGUCGCUCUUAGGCAGAGCCUUUCCUCUUUACCUGUCCAGGUAGCCUCUGUUUUCAUUCCAGUCUUAAUGAAAACUUUGUUGUCCUUUACAUCUAGCGUUGCUGUUCAAAGCAGCCGAGAACUGAAAACGAAUGGGGAUUGAAUUGCUUUGCCUGUUCUUUCUGUUUCUGGGAAGGAAUAACCAUGUUCAAGGGAGCUGUGCUGUGGGUAAUGCAGAGACUUGUGAGGACUGCUUGCUCAUUGGACCACACUGUUCCUGGUGUUCUCAAGAGGACUUUACCCAUCCCUUGGGAAUUGGUGAAAGGUGUGACACCCAAGAGAAUUUGUUGGCUAAAGGCUGUUUGUCACAUGCCAUUGAAAAUCCCACUUCCACAAUAGAAAUUCUUAAAAACAAGCCACUGAGUAUAGGAAGCCAGAAAAAUAGUUCAGAUAUUAUCCAAAUUUCACCCCAAAGCCUAGUUCUCAAAUUGCGACCAGGUAAUGAGAAAACAUUGCAAGUCCAUGUUCGCCAGACUGAAGAUUAUCCAGUGGAUUUGUAUUACCUCAUGGAUCUCUCAGCUUCCAUGGAAGACGAUCUUAAUACAAUAAAGGAGUUGGGCUCCAUGCUAGCCAAAGAGAUGUCUAAACUAACAAGCAACUUCAAGCUGGGCUUUGGCUCGUUUGUAGAAAAACCAGUUUCCCCUUUUAUAAAGACAACACCUAAAGAAAUAGCCAACCCUUGCAGUAGUGUUCCCCAUUUUUGCUUACCUACCUUUGGAUUUAAGCAUAUUCUACCACUGACAAGCAAUGCAGAAAAGUUCAAUGAAAUCAUCAAGAAUCAGAAAAUCUCAGCAAAUAUUGACACUCCAGAGGGGGGAUUUGAUGCAAUUAUGCAAGCUGCUGUUUGUAAGGAACAAAUUGGGUGGAGAAAUGAUUCCCUCCAUCUUCUCGUGUUUGUGAGUGAUGCAGAUUCUCAUUUUGGAAUGGACAGUAAAUUGGCCGGAAUCGUUAUCCCCAAUGAUGGAGUUUGUCACUUGGACAGCAAGAAUGAGUACUACAUGUCAACUGUUCUGGAAUAUCCAACAAUUGGACAACUUAUAGAGAAAUUGGUGCAAAAUAAUGUUUUAUUGAUCUUCGCAGUGACCAAGGAGCAAAUUCAUUUAUAUGAGAAUUACGCCAAAUUUAUUCCUGGAGCUACAGUAGGACUUCUUCAGAAAGAUUCUGGAAACAUCCUUCAGUUGAUCAUCUCAGCAUACAAAGAAUUACGAUCAGAAGUGGAACUAGAAGUACUGGGAGAUACAGAGGGACUCAGUCUCUCAUUCACUUCUAUCUGCAAUAAUGGCACCAUCUUUCCACAUCAAAAAAAAUGCUCUCAUAUAAAAGUGGGAGGCACAGCAACAUUCAAUGUGACCAUAAGCCUACAAACCUGUGAGAAAAGAAGUAGGCACAUCACCAUCAAGCCCGUGGGCCUGGCGGAUGCCCUAGAAAUUGAGAUUCAUCCCCAGUGCAGCUGCAAUUGUCAAAAGGACAUGGAAGUGAAUAGUUCCCAGUGUAGUGGAGGGAAGGGAUCCUUCCAGUGUGGAGUGUGUGUUUGCAACCCUGGCUACAUGGGCCCUCUCUGUGAAUGCGAUGAGAACGCCCUGAGCACUGACUCCUGUCGAGAUGCCCUGGGUCAUCCCUCUUGCAGCGGAAGGGGAGACUGCUAUUGUGGACAAUGCAUUUGCCACUUGUCCACCUAUGGAAAGGUGUAUGGGACCUACUGUGAAUGUGACAAUUUUUCCUGUGUGAGACAUAAAGGAUUGAUAUGUGGAGAUAAUGGGUACUGUGACUGUGGAGAAUGUAUCUGCAACAGUGGAUGGACUGGUGAAUACUGUAACUGCACAACCAGCACUGACUCCUGCAUUUCCGAAGAUGGCACACUUUGCAGUGGAAGGGGAAAUUGUACCUGUGGGAAAUGUGUGUGCACCAACCCAGGGGCCUCAGGUCCUAGGUGUGAACAAUGCCCUACCUGUGGUGACCCCUGUAACUCUAAACGGAGCUGCAUCGAAUGCCAUUUAUCUCCUGAUGAUCGGUCCAAUGGAGAAUGUGUUGACAAAUGUAAACUAGUUGAUGCAACCAUCAGCGAUGAAGAUUUCUCAAAGGAAAAUUCUGUUUCCUGCACUUUGCAAGGGGAAAAUGACUGCCUUAUUACAUUCCUGAUGACCACAGAUAAAGAGGGAAGAACAGUCCUUCACAGCAUAAACCAGAAAGACUGUCCAGAGCCUCCCAAUAUUCUGAUGAUAAUGUUGGGGGUAUCUCUUGCCAUUCUUCUUAUUGGGAUUGUCCUCCUUUGCAUAUGGAAGCUGUUAGUAUUAUUUCAUGACCGUAAAGAAGUUGCCAAAUUUGAAGCUGAAAGAUCAAAGGCCAAAUGGCAAAUGGAAACCAAUCCACUGUACAGAGGCUCCACAAGUACAUUUAAAAAUGUAACCUACAAACACCAGGAAAAACAAAAGAUGGACAUUACUGCAGAUUCCCAUUAGCAGUUCAUGCACUGGAUAAGUCUGUUUCACUGAUAGAAAAUGUCAACCACACGAUUUAAUUUUUAUUUCUUUGUUGCAAUAAAUUGAGGUUUGCUCAAGAUAAUGAUAGGUCAUUUGGAGAUCAGCCUUACUUGUGGAAAGGUUAGAGACUGAUGCCUGCCAGGUUCAAAAUAAUUAAGAAGAGGAGUAUCAACAACAAAGACUUGACUUUGGGGAUCAUGUUAAUGAAUGCAAAAUCCAUUGCAUUUAUGCCUGGGGGGAAAAUCCUCCCAAUGAUGUAUUUGCAGAUCUAAUUUGCAUGUGAAAAAUUUGAAGAAUUAGAAUUUCAUUUGUUUUAGAAAUAUUGUCUUUGUCCUAGUAGAACCAUUAAGCCUUGAAAAUAUCUACUCACACAACAGAAAUAUAUACAUAUUUCCAAAGAGGCUCCUAAAUUGUAAGCCCAUCCUUAAAGGAAGACCAAAGGCACUUGUAAAUGGUGAGAUUGGGAUAUUAUUCCAGUGGCAAUUGAUUGGCUAUUAUUCCAGUUAUGAUGGAACUAUCCAAAAAAUAUCACCAGCUUUAAGACUGCAGAUGAAAUGAACCAGAAUAAUUUUGAUUUACAAUGGAUCAGGUUGACAACACUCCAGUCCUCUUUAGGAUGAGUGCAAGAAGGAAAUGAGAAAGACAGCCUCAGUUGGUAGAGGAUGAUUUUUACUCACCAUUAAGUCUUUGAUAGUUUGCAUUCAAACAGUGCUUCUUCCCCAACACCUCCCCCCCAAAUGUUUUUCAAGCAAGUAUUUUAUUUGUGUUUUAUGGAUGAGAAAUGGUAGUCAAAUAAUUUAGAAAUUAGGAAGUCACAGUAGAGACAGAGGCAGAGGUAGACAGAGAGAGAGCCAGAGAGAAUAAAAGGGGCCCUAGAGUUUAGUUAAUGUAUUAAACUGCUCAAGACAAUAAAACCCUCACCUUUCCCACAAUCAAGGUUUUUCUCUUCUGUACUCCUAAAUCUCUUUCUCUUUCUCUCUCUCUCUCUUUGAGGAUAAGAGAAGGACAAGAAGGAAAAAUGACUUCUUUUAAGGAUGUCAGAUAACUGGCAGAAAGCUCUAAUAUAUAAAAAGGGUCAUGAUGAACAGGAUAAAAUCCAAAAUGGUUUCUCAUCAAACAUAGAAGAAUCAUUAAAGUUUUUCAUGAAGAUUUUUUUCUUUCUCAACAGCCUUAUCAAGUCUAUCUUAAUCUAUGGUCAACAACAUCCAUAAUCCAAAACUAUUUUAUUUUUACUUUGCAUCUGAGAAAUACAUUUGACUAUAUGGAUUAGUCACAGAUUUGUGGAAGUCUCUAUAGUUUCCCAUAAGAAAGAUAGAAAGAUAGGUUCAGUUGAGUGAAAAGUAGAUUAUAUCUGUAAAGGUAUAUGAGAAUAAAGAAACAGCAUUACAUUUAAAUUCCAUUGGAAUUCAGGGAAGGAAUUGUAGGCUCCUCUUGUGCCAUGUUAAUAACCAUGAAUUUAAGCAAAAAGUGAAGCAGUUUACUAGGUUCAUAGUUUGUCCAUUAUCUAAUAGAACAAGUUAUUGGGACUUUGUGACUCUGGGAAUGUUAUAAUGUUUUCCAGUGCCCCGGGCAACUUGGGCAAUAAAUUGCCUAGGUAAUUGAGGCUUGCACCAGAGGGGUGGCAGUGUCAGAGGAGAGAAUUAGGCAAAUAUGAGAACCGUUAUAUAGGAGGAAUGGAAGGAUUUAGCAAUUGAUUGGCUAUGGAAAGGGGGAUUGUGGGAGAGAAUGAGGAUGACCUCUGGGUCUAAAACUUAGUAACUCAAAUGUCGACUACUAACUAGCCAUGAGUUUCUUCUACUUUUUAUACAUCUCACCAUGUUACCUAGGGAGCCCUUUUCCCUCCAUUACCUCUGUUGCCCAGGGAAAUUAGAUGCUUAUUAGGCUAUGUUACUAAGACCAUUACAAAAUUACUCAAGGUUAUAAAACAGUAAAACUAAGCAAGUAACCUGAGAGAAUUGAUGUGUUUCAGUAAGCACUUAAUAAAUGCCUUUUCAGGGGGCAGCUGGAUAGCUCAGUGAAUUGAGAGUCAGGCCUAGAGUCGGGAGGUCCUAGGUUCAAAUUUGGCCUCAGACACUUCCCAGCUGUGUGACCCUGGGCAAGUCACUUAACUCCCAUUUCCUAGCCCUUACCACUCUUCUGCCUUGGAGCUGGAAGGUAAGGGUUUAAAAAUAAAUAAAUAAAAAAUAAAUGCCUUUUCAUUCAUUCAUGCAUGCAUGAAUGCAUUCAGUGUCUAGCUUGCUGACUAAAGAGUGAUUUAGGGGCCAGAAAAAAACCCAGCUUGGCAUGUAUAUGAGUUAUUUUACUGAUGAAACAUCAUAUCUGUGUGAGUUUUACUGUUUUGAGACAUUUUUACAUUUAUUAAUGAGAAGCUAACUUGGGAAAUUUUUGUGAGUUUAUGUGUGUAUACGUGUGCCUACUAUAUUUGUAUUGGGGAGGACAGAGUAAAGUCUUUCUGCUAUUUCAAAAUAUUGUUUUGACCCAAGGCUGGCCCUUGAAAAAGCCAAAACAUUAAAAGAAGUUCUUCUGUUCACUGAAGAGUUAAGUUACAUGAACAUAGAUUUUUUUUUUGUUAGCAAUUUUGUUGUGUUUUUGUGUUGACUUAAAUAAACAUUGUAAUUUAAACAAUGAA